ACUUAAAGCAGUACCGAAGACACUUCAUAUCCUAAUCUUUACCGAGACUUGGCUUACAUCCGAACAAGACGCCCGUCUAUACCAGCUACCAAAUUACACACAUAUAUAUAACUAUAGAAAAAGCAGUAAGGGUGGUGGCGUAUCUAUGUUUAUUCAUAAUAGUAUUAAAUAUGACAUAACGGAGCAAUUAACAGAAAAUGGAAAUCACUAUUUAUGGAUAUAUUUAAACAAGUUUGCACUAAAUAUUGGCGGAGUCUAUAAACCCGGUGAGUCCAACGUUAAUAAAUUUUUGGAAAUAUACUCAACUCAAUUGGAAAAACGUAAAAGAACAAUUGCUUUUGGUGAUUUUAACUUGGACCUUUUAGGUACCAAUAAUAAUACUGUGAAUUACUUGAGAAUGAUAGAAGAAGCUGGAUAUGAUAUAAUAAAUAAAAUAGACAAAGAAUACUGUACACGUGAGACAUCUACAACCCAGACUAUCCUAGACCACGUAUGCACUGACUUAAAUAAUAACAGAUUCACACUUUCUAUCAUCGAAUCAUCUUUAUCUGACCACAAGCAAAUCUACAUGGAAUUAUCAAAAUGUAAUACAGAAACACUUCAACGGGUUCAGUAUACUGCCAUGGAUUACGAAGGACUACUAAAAAGCUGUACAGAAACUAAACCUAUAAUUGAAAACUACCACUACCUAGAAAAUUAUAUAACAGAACAAGUAGCGCAAAAUAAAAUAACUAAAACCAAAAUAUUAAACUUACCACAGAAAGACUGGAUUAAUAAAAGCAUUAUCGAUGGGAUUAAUAGACGUAAUAUCUACUGGAAAAGCUUGAAAAAAGACAGUGAAAAUGAAGACUUAUUGAAAAAAUAUAAUUUAGAAAGAAAAAGAGUAAAUGACAUGAUUAGGGAUACUAAGAAAAUCUACUAUUAUAAUGAAUUCAAUAAGUGUAAAAAUAAACCAAAAAAGAUGUGGGACGUCAUCAAUACUUUAGCUGUGAAUAAACUUAAGAACACUACUACUCUGCCUAAACUCACCACAGCUACUGAUACUGUAACAGAUGGUUAUAAGAUUUGUCAGACUUUUAAUGACUUUUUCUUGACAAUAGGGACACAAUUAGCAAAUAACAUACACUCAAAAUACCAUACAAGUUCAAUACAUAGCCUAAUGUAUAAAGAUACCUAUCAACACGAUAUAAUUUUAAGCGAACUAAGGCCCUGCAAUGUAAAGGAAGUAGUUAAAAUCAUUGACAAUUUAAAUAGUAAUACGAGCACCGGUAUUGAUGGAAUCAGCCCAAAAACUCUGAAAUGUAUUAAACAUGUUAUUGCCAAAGAUCUUAUGAAUUGUAUUAACAAAUGUCUAUUACAUGGGGUGUUUCCUGAUAGUCUUAAAGUUGCAAAAGUUAGUCCAAUUCAUAAGGCAGGAUCAAAAUCAGAUCCAAGUAAUUAUAGACCCAUAUCAGUGCUCCCUGUGAUGUCCAAAAUUUUUGAAAAAAUAAUAUAUGACAGACUGAAUGAGUACCUAAACGCGAAAAACUUUUUGAUAGAACAGCAGUAUGGCUUUAGAUCCAAAUCAAACACUCUUUCUGCAGCAAUUGACGUAGUUACUAAAAUAAAGACUAACAUAGAUCGAAAACAUGUUUGUUUAGGUAUAUUUAUAGAUUUAAAAAAAGCUUUUGAUACUGUCAGCCAUGAAAAGCUAUUACAAAAGUUAAGUAACAUGGGAAUCGCAGGGACAGCACUAGAUAUGUUCGUUUCUUACCUUACCAACCGUCAACAGAUCGUACAAAUUUCUAAAUAUAAAAGCGACUCCCAAUUAGUGAAGUGUGGUAUCCCACAGGGCUCAAUUUUAGGACCAUUGCUCUUUCUGAUAUACGUAAAUAAUAUAGUAAACUUAAAUUUAUCAGGGCACUUAUCACUCUAUGCAGAUGAUACUUGUCUCUUCUAUUUUGCACAUUCUAUCCACGAAGUUAUAACACAAGCACAAAAGGAUCUAGAUAUAUUAAAUGAAUGGUUCCUUCAUAAUUUACUUACAAUUAAUACAACUAAAACAUCUUACAUGAUUUUCAGUGCCAAAAAUAAAAAAAUACCUAAUUACACACCACUUCAGAUAAAUAACAAUAUUUUAAACAGAUCUAAAAAAGAAAAAUAUCUAGGCCUAAUAUUAGAUGACAAACUUAUAUGGGACUCUCAUAUCGACCAAAUUUGUUCGAAAUUAGCAUCACUCACCGGAGCAUUACGUAAAGUCUCAAAUUGUAUCCCACACAAAAUCCGAACAGUAAUUUACAACGCCCUUGUUAAGUCACAUUUGGAGUACUUGAUAGAAAUCUGGGGAUCAGCUGCACAAACACACAUUAACAAAUUGCAAAGAACCCAAAAUAAACUAAUAAAGACACUAUUUCAUUAUAAUUACCUAACACCAACUAAAGACCUAUACAGACAAACUAAACUGCUUAACAUAAAACAAUUAUACACAUACAACACAUGCCUACUCAUUAGAAAAAUUACUACAAAAAAUGUACAUACAAAUAUAACAUUUAAACAAAGAUCUAUUACCCAUAAUCUUAGAAAUAAAAGCAAAAUACACAUUUGGCAACCACGAACAAAAACCUAUGGGAGCAAAAAUAUUAUGUGUGAGGGUGUACAUAUGUUUAAUAAUAUACCUGAUAUAGUCAAGCAGUCUAAAAAUAUUAGUCAGUUUAAGAAUAGGUUAAAAAUAUAUAUAGUGGAAAAUAUUGUUUAAAUAGAAUCUGUA